UUUAUCAGUCUGUCUUGGCGGGUGGAUUAAUUGCAUAUCAGCCUGCACUGAUAGGUUAUCGGUCCGAAGGGAGCUGCACGGGUGGGCAGGGAGAGGACUGGCAGUGCUCGCCCUACCCUCGGCAGACAGACACGCACCGCCCCAGCGCCUCGCCGGCCACCAUGACGACCAGCGGCACCAUCGCCCUGCUGUGCGCGCUGUGCGCCCUCAGCGCCCUGCCGGCACACGCCAGGGUGUUCGACGUGCGGCCAGUCGGCGACGAUGUCAACCCCUACUGCCUGACGUGCGUCGUCACCGAAGAGACUAAGGAUCGCUACCAGCUGAUCCGCGGGGACGACGAGGUGAAGCAUUGCACGGACCACCUCUACUGUGACUGUGUGGAGCACAAGCAGCUGAAGUGCACAGGAAUCAUGAGUGCGUGGGAAUCGUUAAAUCCGGACAAACAAGAGUGUGCACUGGGAUUCAGCUGCGACAACUGGCUGCGUGAUCACCCUACGACCGCGGCUCCAACGUCCACCUCGCCUAUGACUCCUACGACCACCCCGACUGGCACUCCUGCGACCGGCUCGACUGGCACUCCUGCGACCGGCUCAACUGGCACUCCUACGACCACCCCGACUGGCACUCCUGCGACCGGCUCGACUGGCACUCCUGCGACCGGCUCGACUGGCACUCCUGCGACCGGCUCGACUGGCACUCCUGCGACCGGCUCGACUGGCACUCCUGCGACCGGCUCGACUGGCACUCCUGCGACCGGCUCGACUGGCACUCCUACGACCGACUCGACUGGCACUCCUACGACCGCCUCGACCGAGGCCCCUACGACCAAGAGCCCUCCGCGUCCGGCGCCCGGGACUACGGCGAAACCGAACAGCGCGUGGACCAACAGGGCGACUGCCCUUACCGUGGUGUGCCUCGCGGCACUGGCAGCGCUCUGAGAGAGACAGGCGUGAGGUCGCUGUGAUAUAGGCUGUGCGAUGGAGUUCUGAGGUCACUACGUACGUAACGUAGAUUUAAGUCAAAACGCAGAGGUGUAGUGUAGAAGGAGGGAAGUGUGGGGGGGGGGGAUGAUUGACGAAGAGAGAGUCGGAAAGGGGGAGUGAUAUCUAGUAUUCUCUACAAUUUAAAGUGUAUGUUGCGCGAACUGCUAUUAUUUAAGUGUCAAAACGACAGUUUACUCAAAAAGACACGCGAUCAUUUAUAGUUUUGUUGGGCAGCGUGUGUAGAAUUUAUUUCACCAAUUCAUAUUUAGUAUAUAUUAAGUAUUAUAGGCUAUUAGACUUGUUGUAAAGUUAUACGGCGACGGCGAACUGAUUAAUAAUUGUUUCCAUAACAUCUUCUCUUGUAAUAAUGAAUAGAAUAAAAGAGCUCUCAGUAAACUGUAA